AUAGAUAGAGGUAAAAUAAGUGAAAAACAAAAUAUUUGCAGAUAUUACAGUAAAAAAACAUAAUGUUGCCAUUUAAUUGCACUUUUCCAAAAAUAGACGCGCUGUACUGCACAUUUUGCGUCCAUCUGUUGCGUAUUGAAUGCUUAAAGAGAUCUCUGGGGACUUUCCUGCUUGUGCCCGAAUAAAAAGCAAAGCUUUUUUUCAAAAUGGUGUCCUUGUGAGAGGAAUAUGUGGAAUGCUUCGCAUCAGAAGCUCUGCAGCAUACGGUUUUUGGGCGCGCGCUGCUCGGUAACGCGGCAGAAGGAGCCGCGACCCUGCGGACGCUUCGCGCAGGAUUUCUCACGAAGCCAUGGCGAGAUUUGAGUGGUGUUUUUGUAGCUUUUUGCCCCGGGUCACGUGUUCGGUUCGGGUAGACAUACUCUGUCUGGCGGUCGAGACCAUGUCCAUCCACUCAGCGGUGGAGCUCUCCAGAUUCACACCGACGGCGGCGCCUGUGCCCACAAAGCGCUAUUUUGGGAAUAGAGCUCGACUCGUGUGCUCAUGUGCUCGUGUGUGUGUGUGUGUGUGUGUGUGUAUAUGGAGUCAUAGAUUUAGGUCUGCACUGUCAUUAUGUUUACUGAUUAGAUUAUCCAUGUAUCUGUCUGUCUGUCUGUCUGUCUCUCUGUCUGUUUGUCUAUCUGUCUGUCUGUCUGCCUGCCUGCCUGUCUAUAUAUCUGUCUGUUUGUCUGUCUGUCUGUCUGUCUGUCUGCCAGUCAAUCAGCUGCUCACUGACCACAAAAUCAUGCUGUUGUAUGCACAUGUUGAAUGCACAUGUAUUUGAAAGUAAACUUUUCUACCUGUAGUCUGUAUGUUGUUAGGAACAAUGAAACUACAACUUUUGAAAAUGACAUAUUAUGGUUACUGGAAUCAGUGUAUGGCCACAGGAGAAUCCUGACUUACUCACAGAAGAUGUGAUGGAGCAACAGCGAGUGAUGCGCUCCAGCUGCCUGGUGAGCGGUGUGCACACUCCUCCCAUCCGCCGUCACAGCAAGCUGGCUACUCUGGGGCGUCUCUUCCGACCGUGGAAAUGGAGAAAAAAGAAGAACGAGAAGAUGAAGCAGAGUUCCACAGAUGUGGCCUUGGCCAGUGGCCUCCACUCUCUGAAUAUCAGCUCGCCCAUUCAGAGUGUUUCGGAUGCUGAACUUCGUCUGCCUGGCUCACACGGGCCUAUCCUCAGCAUCAGCAGCAUGGAGUACCUCAGCUCAGAACACGAUCACCUGCCUACUGUUCCUGAUUCCAUUGAAGAUGGUGCAACAACCGAAGAGCCUAAUAGCAUUGAGGAGGAGGAAGAGGAGGAGGAAGACGAAGAGUCCGAUCCAGAAGAUAAUGAUGAGGGUAGAGAUGCUUAUACAGGGGAAAGAGAUGAAGAUGAAGAUGAAGUGCCUCAAAGACAAUCUCCUCUGAGCAAUCACUGCAUUCAAGUCGCUCAGCUUAACACAGAGGAAGACCCUCCCAGCUUUACUCUCACAGCAGUGCCUCAUCCCAACUCAUUUCUUCCUAAAGAGGUGCCCAGGGUUCCAGAAGGCCCUAGUUCUGUACUUCUCCGAGGUCCUUUCUCCAAUGCAUUGAGUUUACCUCAUGUAGGAACCCUGCAUCCUCCUUUGCCCCCUAGCAGUAUAAUAGAGGAACUGCACCGUGCCCUGGCAACGAAGCUUCGGCAAGAUAGUACGGAGCGAGAGCCAAGUGGGGAAGUGGAAAGCAGGAAAGAGGCAGAGGAGAACAAGGAGAACAUGAGACAAAGCAACUGCUUUACUGAUGCCUCAGGAAUCAUAUAUGACAUUGACAGCUGGAACGAGUCUGUAAUUUCUGGUACGCUGCCACGGCGAAUGAGAAAGGAGCUGUUGGCUGUGAAACUACGAAAUCGGCCCAGCAAACAGGAGCUGGAGGACAAGAACAUCUUCCCUGUGCGCAGCGACCAGGAGAGACAAGAAAUCCGCCAGCAGAUUGAAAUGAAGCUCGCUAAGAGACUCAGUCAACGGCCGGCCGUUGAGGAACUUGAGAGCAGAAAUAUCUUAAAACAGCGGAAUGACCAGACAGAGCAAGAGGAGAGAAGAGAAAUAAAGCAGAGACUAAAUAGAAAGCUUAAUCAGCGGCCAACAGUAGAUGAACUAAGGGAGAGAAAAAUUCUGAUUCGCUUUAGUGACUACGUAGAGGUUGCAAAAGCCCAGGAUUAUGACAGGAGAGCCGACAAACCGUGGACCAGACUGUCUGCAGCUGACAAGGCUGCCAUCCGGAAAGAGCUGAAUGAAUUCAAAAGCACUGAGAUGGAGGUACAUGCAUCAAGCAAGCACCUAACAAGGUUCCACAGGCCGUAGAAGAGGGAUUUCUUCUGUGAAGAAAAUUAAAAUAGACAUAAAAUGGCGAAAUCCUGGAGAUGACGUCAUCCAUGGGAAGUACUUAAUCUUCCAGCUUGGUGCACUUAAUGACAGAAGCACCAAAAGAGAGGCACAGCACCUUGAGAAGAGAACAGCAGCUGUGGACCCCCCACUCUGAGGCUGGAGAAGAGGGGUCGUUGUGAAAGGAUCUGAUGUUAAAACUGUUUUUUUUUCUUGUUUUUUAAUACCGCUGAAAGAAAUCAACUCGGAGUGAACGUUUGUGUGCAUGUGAAAUCCACGUAAAUGGAAAGAAGAAAUAAAAAAUGUCACUUAAGGGUUGUAAGCCUGUUAAUAAAAAGUUUUAUAUCAAGUGUACAAAAUGGAGUCUGUUCAAACAACAGAGCGGCUAAUGUCUUUAUUUGGGGGAAAACAAUUAAAAAUAAACGACUCAUUCAAUUUCAAUUCAGAAUACAGUAAAAA